AAAAAAGUUGCACAGUCCCAAAGCCAGCAUCCGUGAUGGUAGGGGGGUGCAUUAGUGGCAUAUUAGUUGCAUACAUAGCAUGGGUGACUUGCACAUCUGGGAAGGCACCAUUAAUGCUGAACAAUAUAAGCACGUUUUGGAGUUCAUAAGCUUGCCGUCCAGACGAUGUCAUUUUCAGGGAAGGCCUUGCAUAUUUCGGGAAGACAAUGCCAAACCACAUUCUGCACGUCUUACACCAGCAUGUCAUUGGUGCUAAACAAGCCUGCUUGCAUUCCAGACCUGUCACCCUUAUAAAACAUUUGGCGCAUUAUGAAACAAAAAAAACGACACCGAAAAUUUUAGCAGCUGGAAUCCAAUAUCAAUAAUAAUAGCAGAACAAAUAUAAUAUUAUUUGACACACUGGAAAGAAUCACCCAACAAAUAAGAUAAUGUAAGCUAGAUAAAAACGGUGUGAAGUUUCACUUAUCACUAGAUGGCAGUAAUCGUGUAUUUGCUUUCCCCGGAAACUGCUUUAGUUUCGAUAUGCGUUAGAGGUUACAGUUCAAACUCAAGAGUCGGUAGCGAACAACAUAUUGAGAAGGAAAUAUGGAUGAAAACACAGCUUUUCCCGGAGCUUCAGAUGAAAGCAAAGCCGAAUACAUACUUAGCAAUGUAGCAGAAGUCGUGGAGAGAAUCUUAACGUUUGUACCAACCAAAUCCCUGCUCAAAAUGACGUGUGUUUGCAAACUGUGGAGGAACUGUGCACGUAGGGUUCUGAGGGUCCAGCAGAACAUGACGUGGGUGUCUGCCUCUGGCCCGUCCAACUGUGACGGCCAUGCGCUCUGCCCCAAACUGGCUGACGAAGUAGAGAAUAUAUACAUACUGCCCAAAACAGUCUUGGUUAUGGUGGACAGUGAGACCUUCAAUGGACAAGACUGUUGCUACAAACAAAAAAAGGCACGUAAGUCACAUCACGGCCCAGACUCAAUUGAGGAGCUGAAUGGACUGUUCCCUAAGGGAUGUGACAUCAUGGGCGUCGCCACUCCCGGCAUCGUCUUAACUCCCACUGGCUCCCACUCUGGUGCACCCAAGGAGUUCCAAGAAGGAGAGGCUGGCUACGCUAUCAUGUUUCCCAGGAUGGAGGGAGUGGACAUCCGCCCUUUUCACUUCUGCAAGAACACCAUUUCAGAGGCAAAUCUGGUGGAAGCAGGCCUGGUGAACAACACUGAUCUACGGGUGGUGCUGUUGUUUGGCUAUGACGCCUUUAAACCCGGAGCUGCUCGCUUCCUCAACCAGGUGCUAGAGCCACUGGCACGCAGCAAGGUUCUCAUUGCCGGUGGACAUGUGGAGAACGUCUUCUCCCCUAAAAGAAAGUGCUGUGAUCGGGGAUCUUAUGGUGUGGUGGGUCUAACCCUGAGCGGCCCCAAGAUCCAGGGGGCCAGUGUUCUGCUGGAGCAGGAUGUGAGCAGUGCCAAGGCAGCGGAGGCCAUCAUUCAGAGGCUGAAGGCUGCCAACCUCCCAGAGAGGAACACCCUGGGAUUCAUGUUUGCCUGCGUGGGCCGUGGACACAACUACUACAACAACCAGCGCAACGUGGAGGCCGACACCUUCCGCAAGGUCUUCCCUAAUAUCCCUCUCUUUGGUUUCUUUGGAAACGGGGAGAUUGGGUGUGAUCGUAUCGUGAAGGAGGACUAUAACCUGUGUGACAUGGAUUCCGACGGUCUACAGCAUGGAUACACCACUGUCAUGACCCUGGUCCAUCUGGGCUGAGGAGCUCUUUGCGUAUUCACAUUCAAACAAAAUGUAGUUAACUCACUCCUGGCUCGUAUUUGUUAGGCACAAAAACAAAGGAAAACGAGAAGAACCCGUAAGGUUCCAUCCCAGUCACUCCAACAAAUGCCUGGCUUGUUUUACAUUGCUAAAUGUGUAUAAACGGUGUGUCCAUCUGAAUACAACCCUGGCUCCUUAGUUUUGUGAACGCAGGACAAGGGAUGAAGGUUGACAACCACAUUUGGAUUCUGGAGUCUCAUGUCUUAUCUUAUGGUAUUAGUGCAUUAUUAUUAGUACAUUAUUCCCAAUGCUACAUUUGAUCUGCUCCAAUACCGGCAAAUACUUAGUUCAUCUGUAUACAUUGAUCAGUUUGAAACUUUUAUAGGUAAUAUUGUCAAUAAUUUUGAGUUGUAUUACAAGAUCCUGAUAGGAAUCAGUUAUAAUAACUACAGUUCAUAAAUCUCAUUCAAUUAAAAUACAUUGGUCUUUCCAUGUAAUUUAUUCUAAAUUAAACUAACAAAUGUUCUUGACCAAAUUAUUUAUAUCUACCAAAUAAAUAUCAACACUUGUUUCCCAGUCAUUCAUUAUUAUUAAUAUUUAAUAUAAUUGCAUAGAUGAACUGAUCAGGCACUUGACUUCAGGACUACAAGGUUUAAGAAAAAGCUUACCUUUUAAAAUGCCUUUUAGUACUACUGUAUAAAACUGUCUUACAUGCUAUCAUCUAUUUACUCAAAUAGCUUCUGUGGUUUUUGACCGAAUCUUCCUCUCCGGUGUUAAUACUUGUCUUAAUACUAACAUAUCAGAUCGUAUUUCUUGCUUCAUUAGAAAAGAUCGUUUUGAAAUUCACAUUAUUUCAUGGAUUACAAUCUCCAAAAUGUAUAUCUGUCAUUAUAGAAUUCUGAGUUACACAUACCAUGCACAAACGUUAUAUUGUAGUUGGCAUUAUAUACAAUAAUCUGCUUAAUUCUUUACAUUUUCCGUUUAUAAUUCUCAUUCCUUAUCACAGUGUUUUUGUUGUUUAUGAAUGUAUGGACUUCAAGUCUUGUUUGUUUUUUUUGGAAAUGAAUGUGCAAUUUUACAAACGUGUAUGUUUGUUUAAUUGAUUUCUUUCGGUUUGUGUUUAGACUGAAACGCUGUAAGGUACAACUGGAAAGAAUGACGGACUAGCAUUCUGAUGAUUUCUUCCCCCCCAGACGCUGACACUGUGGCAAUGUAAAAUCACUGUUCAUAUUUUUCCUGAAAUGCAUUUCUUGGAUUGUUUUCACCUUUUGGAUAACAAAUGUUUAUUUUUAUUGACAUUCUAAGAACUUACAUUUUUGUCAAUUUCUACAUUUUCAUUAAAAUGUUCAAUAUAUACUGUAAUACGGUUCAGUAUAUAACUUUCACCUACUACACAUUCAUUCUAUAUAGGGUUGAAUAGGGUUAUUGUAGCAUUCUUUACAUUUUCUCUGGUUUUAAUGAGCAAAAUGUUUCAUACAAGCACUUUUGAAUUGUGUGCCAAAUUAUUUCAAGUUC